AACAAAAAUAAAUAAAUAAAUAACGAAGUACAACGAAAAGGGUCAGGGGAGAAAACCAAAGAAGAAAGGAGGACGAAAACAAAGCGAGAAAAGGAGAGGCAAAUUCAAUCUAUACUGCCCAACUGAAUUAGAAGGAAGAAGAAAAAUAUUUGAUUUAAUUUGCAAAAAGAGAAAAAAGAAGAGCCUGUAAUUGAUGGGAGUUUCGAUUGACGACGAUAUCCGGCACCCGUGAAUUGAAAGUUUUAACUUUUCCUCAGUCGGAAGAUGGUCGAUAGACCACCAUUGUAUCCGGCAUUUGAAUCGGUUUUCUUCAAGGUUUCAACUCCAACAUAAAAUUGUUUUCUAAAACAAACUUCUCUCUCUUUUCUUUUGUUUUGGUUUUUUAAAUCUGGGAGAGUAUAUCGUGGCCGUCCGAUUGGGAUUUUCGAUCAUGGUGAUGAGAGCUUGGAUGGUGGUCGAAAAAGCGAGGAGGAUCGUACGUACGGCUUUUUUCAUGGUGGCGAUGUUGGCGUCACUUCUAGCUUCGUCUCUGCCGUUGCUGGUGGCGAUAUGCGACAUCACGGUCCCUUUCCUUUUACUCUCAAGCUUCACGUGCGUCACGUGCUACAGUUUCCACGAGCACCUUCGUCGUUAUGCUUUCAAAAACUCCUUAACUGAUAUCCCUCUCGUCUCCAUCCUCAGAUCUAUAAUCAUAUCUUGUGUAUAUUCGUUGUGUGACGGUUCAGCGUUAUCCCAUGGACCAUACUUAGGAACGGUUACUUUAUGUUCAUUCCUUUCGAUUCUCGUACUUUCGGUUAAAGCAUGUGUUUUUACGGUGAUUUCUCAAAUAGAGGCAGGGGCGGAUGCAGAGGCAUCGCCGGCUUAUUCCAUUGCAAAGCAAAGGCUUCAUUUGAAGAAAUCAUGGGGGAUGCCUGUUUUGUUUCUUUCCUCAGUAGUUUUCGCACUUGGUCACACUGUAGUUGCGUAUAGAACAAGUUGUAGAGCAAGAAGAAAGCUUUUGCUUCAUCGAGUUGACCCCGAAGCGGUUCUUUCAUGCAAAAAUGUUUUCUCUGGCUUUCAGAAGGUUCCACGAUCUCCCACUCCCUCUGCAGGGAGAACUCCAAAAAGCGAUAGUGAAACAAGGAGAAAGCCUUUUGGGCAAUCUCGCGAUGAAGGGGAACUCCCUGUUAGAUUACUUGCUGACCUAGAUAGUUUAUUCAUUAAAUUGCAAGGGGUUACCAUUCAUUACAAGCUCUGCUUUCCUGGUUCACCCCCUAGGUCUUUGUCAUCCACUACCUUUCUAGAACCUAAAGUUAGUUCUACACCCCAAGUAACUCCUGGAAAGCUAAAGUUUGAUAGGCAAGCACUUAGUGUGUUGCCAAAGACGCAAUAUAACCAUCUUCAUAGAAGCUAUAGUAAUCAAUUCCACAGCUCUUCACUCUAUGCUCCAUUGUUGGAUGGUUCCCCAAACUCUCCUGUUCUUUCUGAAGAUAUUCCUGUUUUAAGCCUUGAGGAUUCAAUUGCACAAGCUGAGACAAGCCAUUUGAACUCUGGGACUUUAGAGCAAGAGAUAGAGGCAAAUGUCCAGUUUGGCAUUGUUUUAGUGCAUGGGUUUGGAGGGGGAGUCUUUUCUUGGAGGCAUGUGAUGGGAGUGCUUGCUCGCCAGCUUGGUUGUUCAGUUGCUGCUUUUGAUCGCCCUGGCUGGGGAUUGACUUCUAGGCCAAGCAGAAGGGAUUGGGAGGGAAAAGAGUUGCCCAAUCCUUACAAGCUCGAAACUCAGGUUGACUUGCUUCUUUCCUUUUGCUAUGAGAUGGGAUUUUCUUCAGUGGUGCUUGUUGGCCAUGAUGAUGGAGGCUUGCUUGCUUUGAAGGCCGCACAAAAAGUCCAAGCCUCAAUGAAUUCUUUCAACAUUACUAUCAAAGCAGUUGUUUUGCUAAGUGUUAGCUUGUCAAGAGAAGUUGUUCCUGCCUUUGCAAGGAUACUCUUGCGCACUUCACUUGGGAAGAAGCACUUAGUUCGUCCGCUUCUCCGAACAGAAAUUACACAAGUGGUGAAUAGGCGUGCUUGGUAUGAUGCAACUAAGUUAACAACAGAAGUUUUGAACCUUUAUAAGGCCCCACUAUGUGUAGGGGGUUGGGAUGAAGCACUUCAUGAAAUAUGCAGGUUGUCACAUGAAACAAUCCUUUCACCACAGAAUGCAACAUCACUUUUAAAUGCUGUUGAAGAGAUGCCGGUAUUGGUCAUUGCUGGUGCUGAAGAUUCCCAUAUUUCUCUUAAAUCUUCUCAGGCCAUGGCUUCAAAACUUGUAAAUUCCAGGCUGGUUGCAAUAUCCGGGUGCGGCCAUCUUCCGCAUGAGGAAUGCCCCAAGGCAUUACUUGCAGCUAUUUCACCUUUCAUAAGCAGAUUGCUAAUCCAAACCAGAAUUGCAAAGAGUCAGUAGGACACCUUUUUAACUUACGUAAGUAGGAGCUUUCUAUCAUUUUUUUUACUUUUGAUUUUUCCUUCCACAUCCCCCCUUUUCUUUACUUAGUUUCCAAACAAUUUACCCCGAAACGAAGAGAUAAAAUUGGAGCUCUUGUUUUGGGUAAUUUUGAUGUGUUCUGAGCCUUUUACCUUGACCCCUAAUUCUGAGGGGUGUUUGUUUGUAUGUAGAGUUCUCUCACUUGUAAUUUUCUUUUACAUCUUUUGUUUUCCUUCCUUCUGAUUUUGGGUUGUCCUUAACAGUGUUAAGUAUCAACUAGUGAUGCAAUGUUUGACAAGUUAAAUAUUAUUUGCCACGUAAAAGGAGUGGCAAAAUGGCAGUGUUUGUACAUAUCUUUUCUCAACAUUAGCAAUGAAUACAUAUGAGCAUUGUGUCAACAUUCAAAGAUA